AUGAGCGCUGUGGUGACCAAGUCCGUCCCGGUGGUCGUCUUCCCGUCGGAGCCGGCCGGGGGAGGCAACAUCAACCUCUCCUCCGUCGACGAGUGUCACGCUGGUCUUCCGGUGACCUCCCUACUGGUAUUCGACAAUCCAAUUGUCGACCCAGUGGAGACCAUCAAGAGGGCCCUGUCGGAGGCGCUGGUCCAUUACAGGCCAAUCGCCGGCCGGCUUGCCGACGAAGGCGGCGCGCUCCGCAUCGCAUGCACCGGUGAGGGCGUGUCGUUCGUGGGCGCGUCGGCCAGUGGCAACCUGCCGCCGACGUCGGCGACGCUACAGAUAAAAGACAUCGCGCUUCAGUACCCUGCCGAUCUGUGCCGCCACAGCGAUCCGUUGCUGCUGAUGCAGGUGACCGAGUUCUCGUGCGGCGGUUUCACCGUGGCGGCGACGUGGAACCAUGCCGUCGCCGACGGCAAGGGGAUGGCGCAGUUCUUGCAGGCCGUAGGCGAGCUCGGCCGAGGGAUGCCCACACCGUCCGUCCUGCCGGUGAGGUCGUGCGAGGAGGCUGGCUCGCUCCCGGUCGUCCCUGCAUCGGCGGUUGCCAUGCACAGGGCCGUCAUGAACCUCGCGAACAAAGACCUGGUCGCUCUAGAUGUCACCGUGCCAUGGAGCUUGAUCCGCCGCAUCAAGGUCGAGUAUGGCUGCACGGUGUUCGAGGCCGUCGCCGCCGUGCUCUGGCGGUGCCGCACCCGAGCUGUCAUCACCGACCCCGAGGCUGCCGCGCCACUCUCUUUCGCGUGCAACUUGCGCAAGCAUUUGGGCACCAAAGACGGCUACUAUGGCAACUGCUUCACCCAGCCGUUGGUCUACGCCGCCGCCGGCACGGUCGCGAACUGUGAAAUCGGAGACUUGGUGAACCUCAUCAAGUGUGCCAAGGAGAAGGUACUGCUGGACACCUCCAACGGCGAGAGCGAGAGCGAGAGGCAGGGGAGCACACCCACAGUGGAUCAAAUCAAAAACCUCUUGUACAACAUCCUUGCUGUGGGGAGCUGGAGAAACCUAGGUUUCGACGGCGCCGACUUCGGCCAUGGGUCGCCGUCGCGCGUGGUAUGGCACAUGGAGCAGGUGGCCGGGCCGUGCUGCAUUGCGUGCCCACCCUGCAAGGGGAAGGACGGGGUCAAUGUGGUGUCCCUCUGCGUCAAGCCGGAGCAUGUCGAUGCCUUCUUAGCGGAGCUGGCGUCCAUGUGACUCGUUAUCGUCGCGUCGGUGUUUAAUCCACGUAACAGUCGCAUGAUAUAUU